CGCGGCUGGAGAAGUUUGCGCGGCGGCUCGUGAGCGCAGGGUGCGGGCCCGGCCGGCCGCUGCGCGCCCGCUGCCAUGGCUUUCCGCAGGAGGACGAAAAGUUACCCGCUCUUCAGCCAGGAGUUCGUCAUCCACAACCAUGCGGACAUCGGCUUCUGCCUGGUGCUCUGCGUCCUCAUCGGGCUGAUGUUCGAGGUCACCGCCAAGACUGCCUUCCUAUUUAUUUUACCUCAGUAUAACGUUAGCGUGCCUACAGCAGAUCUCUCUUCAGUUUUGGGUCCCAGAGCAUUUGCUCCCCCCAGGGACGCUGACGGGGCUCUUGUCACCUCCGCAGACAGCGAGACCGUGCACUACCACUACGGGCCCAAGGACCUGGUCACAAUCUCGUUCUACGUCUUCAUCACCAUCAUCUUGCACGCCGUGGUUCAAGAGUACAUUUUAGACAAAAUCAGCAAACGGCUUCAUCUCUCCAAGGUUAAACACAGCAAGUUCAAUGAGUCUGGACAGCUGGUCGUCUUUCAUCUCAGUUCGGUGAUAUGGUGCUUCUAUGUGGUGGUGACGGAAGGAUAUUUAACAAACCCGAGGAGCCUCUGGGAAGACUACCCGCACGUGUACCUCCCCUUCCAGGUGAAGUUUUUCUACCUGUGCCAGCUGGCCUACUGGCUGCACGCACUUCCUGAGCUCUAUUUCCAGAAAGUACGGAAGGAGGAAAUCCCCCGCCAGCUCCAGUACAUCUGCCUGUACCUGGUCCACAUCGCUGGAGCUUACCUCUUAAACCUGAGCCGCCUGGGCCUGAUCCUGCUGCUGCUGCAGUACUCGACCGAGUUCCUCUUCCACAUGGCUCGGCUCUUCUACUUUGCGGACGAGAACAACGAGAAGCUGUUCAGCGCCUGGGCUGCCGUGUUUGGGGUCACCCGCCUCUUCAUCCUCACCCUCGCUGUGCUGGCCAUCGGCUUUGGGCUGGCUCGCAUGGAGAACCAGGCCUUUGACCCCGAGAGGGGGAACUUCAACACUUUACUCUGCAGGCUCUGCGUGCUGCUGCUGGUGUGUGCCGCCCAGGCCUGGCUCAUGUGGCGCUUCAUCCACUCCCAGCUGCGGCACUGGCGGGAGUACUGGAACGAGCAGAGCGCCAAGCGGAGAGUCCCGGCUGUCCCCAGACUGCCAGCCAGGCUCAUCAAGAGGGAAGCCGGUGAGUGCCGGGCCGCGGCCAGGCAGCAGGUUACCAUGAAAAUGGCGUGGUGAAAGCCGAGAACGGAACCUCCCCACGGACUAAGAAACUCAAGUCUCCUUGAGGCCAAAGUGCUGGGAACAGGAAUCCUCCGGCGGGGCCCAGCAGGGCGGCGGGAGCCCGGCCUCCAUCCCUGCCUCCCGCUUCCAGCCCUGGACGCUCCUCCUCCAACAGCAGGAACCUGUCCUCCAUCAGGGCUUUUCCUCUGUCUUACUUUUUGGCUUUCUCUUUUUCUUCUUCCAUAAACCAUUCUCAAUAAAACCAAAAGCCUUCCUCUUUCUCUCCCUCAGGCCACCUCAUGUCCUCACCUCUGUCCUGGGUUGGGUUUUCUAGAAGCCCAGCUUCUCAUGGUUAGCGUUCUGCUCACCUCCUCUUUCUCUUCCUUCACUGCUGCUGCCUUCUCUUUUUACUUCUUCAUUUCACUGUAUCGUGCAAUCUCUCUGUGUCUGAUUUUUACAAUGAGAGGGAGCUGAGACUGCGCUCCUGGCAUCCAGCACCCAGCGUCAUUCCCGGGACCUGUCAAAGUCUGAAACCUUGUGCCAAGGAGCCUCCGCCUGGGGCCGGUGGCAGGCCCCCCAGUGGUCCCCGUGCGGAUGGGCAGGAAGAGGAGAGACCGGCCCUCUUGGAUCACGAUCUCCUAGGUGCUGAUUAACUGACGAGAUGUGUGGUUCCAGUUCUGCACGCGCCGUCUUGAGGCCCCACAGUGCCACUGCUGGUUGUAAAUGCCAAGGCAUUUGGCUUCCGGGCAGGACGGCUCGGUCCAGAGGAUGGUGUGAACUGCCCUGGGUCCCGUGACUCGAGACAGCUUACUGGGGGGCUGGUCCUGGCCUGGGAACUAGCCUGCUCUCGCUCUGUCGGGGAGGCACCGCAGGAAGAGAGGUUGCCCACUCGAGAGCGGGAGCAAGCGGACUGAGCAGCAGGCUCUUCUGGAAAGGUGACAGCCGCGGAAGUGGUGGUGGAGUCGCCCUGGGCCUUUCUUCAGCAGCCUUGGCUGCUCUUCAACCAUUCACCAGCAUUCAGAAAACCAAAUCAGACCGCAGUUAACCGACCAGCCUGGGAUCUGCUGGUCCUGAGCCCCAGCCCGGCCGGGCCUGCUCCCCAACUUCUCUCUAGCUGCAGGAACACUAAGCCCCACGCUGGCCCCCUGGUGGCCCAGGGAGGGUCACCUGGGCACUCACCCUCUGGACUCACUCGUUGAGUGUUCUUUGGAAUUGUCAUCUGCUGAUGUUUGCUGGGCCCACCGGCAGCAUCUUAGACCGCAUGAUACCAGGGCUCACUCAGAGUCGCUCUGCUGGCUCGGGAGCAGACACAGCUGUACCCAUAGGAGGUUUCCGCCCCCACCCUCACACAUCCCUCCCCUCCCUCCACCCAAAGACAAGGCCCCAGGUCCUUAUGGUGCCUGGGGAGUACUUCCAGAAGGGGAGUUAGGCUUUCAGGGGUCCUAAUUAAGAACUCUUGAACUCUGUGCUGAGGCGAGGGGCAGCAGUUCUUGGUGGGCACAGGACUAUUAGUGUCAUUUGAUGUGCUGGUCCCCUUUCUGAUGUCACAGGAGAAACCAAACCUUGGAUUAUUACCCAAAAGGGGGGAAACGGGUCUUUUCUUCAAGGCAGCUCCCCUUUUCCAUGUCACAGAGAUCAAUUCUCCAGUGGCUGAGGGAUUUGUCACCUAACACCAUUGUAGACCCUCCUCUCUGUCCACGAUCAGGUGGCAGAAAUGGGAAGGACUACCCCUGGCUGCUUCUGAUCACCGUUAGGAAAAUACACACUUCUCCCAUCCUGCCCUCUUGUCCCUGACGCUUCUCUGGGCAGCAAAGCAGAAUGUCGGUCAAAGGAUGCAUUGGUCUCACCCCAGCAGACCGAGCUGGACCCCCUUAGUCAUUUCAGUCUAACAGCCCUGACGUGGCUGGAGUUGAGUUCACACCCCCCACCUUGCCUGGUGACCGCUAAUGGAGGGGGUGUUCAGCCAGUGGCCGCCUCAGCCCGCCCGUCAGCCUGGCUGCCCGUCCCAGUUCUGUCCAGCCUGUAACCUGGACAGGCGUGCCUGCGCCCGGCAGCAGGCUGCCCCCCAGGUGUGCCCCAGGGUGCCUGCUGAGUCAGGCCUUCAGCAGGUACCGAGUCCGUGGCUUGCGGGCGGGUGCUGCGGGCAGGGAGGUGGUGACAGCUGAUGUCAUGCCAUCAGGCAGCUGCCCUUCUUGUGUAUGAAGGUGGUGGUUGCCGGAGACCACAUGGCUUUAUGUUCCUAGGUCUCCUGCAAGCCCCUGGCUCUGCAGGGUAGUGCGCCUCGGAGGUGGUACCACCGAUCCAGGGGCCGGGCGACGCUGGCUCUGUUCCUGGAGGACGGGGUUGGUUUGGUGAUGAGAGUCAGGAAAAUCUUUUCUGCUGUGUAAGAACCCCUGAGACUGAGUAAGGCUAGCAGCUCACCAGCAGGGCUUCAGGAGUGAUUUGCGAGGAGAGAGGGCAAGGGGGAAGUUGUAGGGUCUUUGUCACCCCACCAGCAUUCCUGGCACAUUUAUUGCAGAGCAGAGCCAAGGCUUUGGCAGUUUGGCUCAAACCAUGUUGCCAGGGGCCCAGACAACUCAGUUCCACUUCAUCCUGAGCCUGGUGGGCUGGCUUGGCUGGAUUUGGCCACUCUGGCUGUUUUCUUCUGUCCCAGACACUCUCCUGUUCCCAAAGUGCCGAGCCGUCUGUGAAGGCCCUGCCAGACCCCUCCAGCUUGAGAGGCCACUCAGCGCCACCCGCCAGGAGCAGGUGAACAGAUGCUAAUCUACCUCAGCAACUGCUGCCUCUCAGUCGCUGACCGGCCCAGGCGGGGGAAGCGGGCCGGUGGCAGUGGCGGGAGAACGAGGAUCCCGUGCUGCCCACUCCCCUCCUUGGAGGUUCGGUGAUGGGAAGGUUAUUUUUACCAUCCAGUCCCUGAUAGCUGUACUAUUAAUCAGUUACAUUUGUUCCUUUUGAAGGUAGGGAGGGUUCUGGGGAGAGCCGAGGAGAUGUGCUUCUCUCCCAUUCUAGUCAAGUCUAACCCUACGUGUGUCUGGGCCACCAGACCCAAACUGUUGCUGAGAACCUUUUCCGUUUCUGUCCCGAGGCGGAACUUGACAUUUCAGAAGCCAGAGCAGACGUCUGCGCUCUGGCCACCGCUGCAGGUGCGUCUCGUGGCUGGGAUCCCUCGGACCAUAGAAAGCCCUGAAACCUGGGGUGGCUGUCCCAGGAGUGUGCGCAUCUGGCUUUUCUUUUGGGACCUUCUUCCUCAGCACCCUUUGACUUUUUUCUAAGUGGCAGAUAUGAGGUAGGGGCAGAGAGUGCACCCCCUCCCACAGUUCUGCAACAGAAAAUUCUAUUCCCUGGAGGCCCUUUUCUUUUGCAGCGGCUUGCUGACCCCAUGCGGCUGGGGAAGGCUUGGCGUGGAUUUCCUUCGUGGCUUCAGCCUUCCCCGGUGGUUUUUCGUAGGCUUAGGGUGAGAGAAGGUGGGGUGGUCUGGACGUAACGGCCCUGCGCGAGGGCCUGGUGUCACGGUGAGCAGACUUCCAUUCCUGACCUUCCAGGCCCCUGUCCUUCUCUAACGGCGAGCGUGCUGAAGGCUCGUGAGUCAGGACGGCUGGGUGGUCUUGCUUCCCUCCCGCUGCCUUCCCAGCGCUCAGCCCUGUUCCUCAGGAGGGACUCUGGGCAUGACUGGGGAGCUGGGUCAUUGUCAGAUCAUUUGAAAACCUAAAGAAAAUCCCUCUCCUGCCCAGGGUUGGCCAAUGAGGAAGCCCUCACUAACCUCCUCCCACUCUUUACCCCGGUUCUUGGUUCUCACAUGAAUAUCAACUGCUCCUCCCAAAAGGCUGAAAAAGACCCCUCCUCUGCUGCCCCCCACCCCCUACACUUUUCCCAGAGGUCUCAGAGAAGCACCAGGACAUCGGGACUUGCUGGCUCUGUGUGGACUCUUGCUCGGCAACCCCGGCGAGUGUUUGUCGUAAGCAGAUCCUUUUUCUUUUGGUGUAAGAAGUGCCUUACUUGCUGGGUGGUCUUCAGCCUUCCCUUGUGCUGUAUGGCCUGCCCCCAGCUGCCAUGUGUCAUGUGCAGCCAGGGACACCAGACCUGGUACUGUUACAUGUAAAAGGGACACGGAUUGUGAGAGUUACGCCUCAUUCGUCUCCCCCCGUUGUGUUGGGUCUGUGGUGUGUUCUCUGUGUUGUUUCUGGUUUCUCCCUUGUGUCAGUUUUCUGUGGGGCCCAUCGGCAGGCACCUGUGCCUCCUGCCUAUUAAGGGAAGCCGGGGGCACCAGCCCCCCUGGGCCUCUGGCCCCACGCAGUGAGCCCUGCUGUUCCAGCUCGCCCCACAUUAAAAGAAAAGGCAGCCUUGCGAUAACCUCUUCCCAUCUCCCUUGCUUCCCAUUCAACCCAAAGUUGGUAUGAUAAAGGUGUGUACUUCUACUUCCGAGUCACCAGUGUUAAGUCGUGGAUGCCCAUGUGAUGGUGGGUCUGGUUUGGCUGUUGCAGAACUUCCUGGAGCUCCUCAUUCAGUGUCACCGCGUGUUGGCAGCAGCUCCCCGGUCCCCUCCUGGCCUGCCUUUUCCUUGCUCUUCCGGGUUGUGCAAUAACUCUUCCAGCCAGUGGUCCUUUCCACAGGCCUCGCUGCCCCUUACAACGCCCUGCAACUGGGGAGGGAAGGGACCCACGGGAGGGGUGGUGGUCAUCCCCUGCAGAAGACACGUCAGCCACUUUCCCUUUGUUGCUGUCAUUCUCGUGAGCCUGGCUGGGUUUCUGUGGCACUCUAGUAGAACAUUGUAGCAUCAUCUUAGAAGUCCAUCUAUUUUUCAAAAAUCUGUUGAAAAGGAAAAAAACCAUCCUCAUGAUGGGGCAUUAAUAAGUCAGCAUCUGGGAAUAAGAUCUGUUUUGACACCCGAGGCAUCACCAUCACUCUGGCUAAGAGCAUUCUGGAGUUUCUAGUUCAUGUGGAGAGGGAGGAGAUUUCCCUGAGAAUCAGCCCCGCGUGGACAGCCCUGUCCACCUGGUAGGAUCUGGCUGUGACUAAGUACCGCCGUGUCCUUGGGUACAGAUUCGAGUGUUUAUGUGACGAGAUGAUAAACCUCAUUUUUCAGUUCCUCGUGUUUCAUGAACAUCUGAAGGAUGAGCUGAGGCUGCUGGUGUCCUGAGCAACUCGUAAUGCAAACGUGGACAGACUGUCUUUGUUUUCCACUUUAGCCUGUUCAUGUUAUGGACCAAAUUUCAACAAGGAACUCAAGGAAAACUUGUACGUGCCGUAUUUAUGCUUUCAUGUCAAAGGGUUUUGGGGGGGGACUUUUUACUUUCAGUGAACUUUUUUCAAAAUCCUUUUUCAACUGUUUCUGUCUGGUUUUAAAAGAAAUUACAGUUUUGUAUGGAUUUUUUUUAAUGUACAUUUUGAAACAAAGGAUCAGCAAAUAUUUUUGAAAUAACUGAAUAAAAGGCAUAGAAUUAUCAGUCUAA